AUGGAGACGGUGCUGCUGGAGCACUUCCCCGGGGGGCUGGACUCCUUCUCCUCGCCCCCCUACUUCGACGAGGAGGACUUCUUCCCCGAGCCGCCCCCGCGGGACGCGCUGGCCGCCGACGGGCUGCUGGAGCCGGACGUGGACUUCCUCAGCCGGCAGCUGCAGGAGUACUAUCGCGACGGCGGCGACCCCGAGGGCGGCUACCGCUGCCCGGCGCCGGCCGCCACCUUCCCGCCGUCGCCCGCCUCGCCCGGCUUCGCCUACGAGUGCUGCGGGGCGGCGGGCGCGGCGCUGCUCUCCCCCGGGGGGCGGCUCCAGGCGCUGGGCUCGGCCAAGCGGCGGCGGCGGGUGCGCUCCGAGGCGGAGCUGCAGCAGCUCCGGCAGGCCGCCAACGUGCGGGAGCGGCGGCGGAUGCAGUCCAUCAACGACGCCUUCGAGGGGCUGCGCUCGCACAUCCCCACCCUGCCCUACGAGAAGCGGCUCUCCAAGGUGGACACGCUGCGCCUGGCCAUCGGCUACAUCAACUUCCUCAGCGAGCUGGUGCAGUCCGACCUGCCGCUGCGCAACGCCAGCAGCGAGAGCCCCAGCCAGCCCAAGAAAAUCAUCAUCUGCCACCGCGGCACAAGAUCUCCCUCCCCGAGCGACCCCGACUACGGACUCCCCCCUCUGGCCGGUCACUCGCUCUCGUGGACUGACGAAAAGCAACUCAAGGAACAAAACAUCAUCCGGACAGCCAAAGUGUGGACCCCCGAGGACCCGCGGAAGGUGAACAACAAACCCUCCCUCAACGACAUCGAGAACGAGCCCCCCUUCGACUUCGUGGCGUGAGGCCCCCGCCCCGCCCUGUACAUGCUGUAUGUAGAGACCUAUAUUGUAAAUGUAAUUUAAGAUUCACACUCUAAGGGCAAU